AUGACGAUUCCAGCGGCGGACGACAAUAACUGUCCUUCUUACGACAAGGUGAUCGAUUUGAUCGUCGAAUACGCCUAUGACUAUGAGAUUGACUCCCCAGCAGCCUGGGCACGGGCCAAGGCUGCCCUUCUGGAUGCUCUGGGAGCUGCCAUUGAAAGUAUUCACACUAGCCCGGAAUGUGCCGCCAUGAUUGGCCCUGUCUGGCCCAAUACAGCCACGGUGCCAGGGGGCUUCCGCGUGCCCGGUACUCAAUUGCAGGUGGAUGCUCUCAAGGGUGCCUUUGACCUUGGGGGCAUGAUCCGCUACCUCGACCAUAACGAUGCAUUUCCCGGUGCUGAAUGGGGGCAUCCAUCGGAUAACCUUGGUGCGAUCCUCAGCACCGCCGAUAUCCUCAGCCGGGAGGCCCUUGCUCGUGGCAACCCCGAUCAAGUCAUCUCCAUGAAACAGGUCCUCACUGCUCUGAUCAAGGCGUAUGAGAUCCAGGGCGUGUUCCAGAUCCGCAACGCCUUCAACAAGGUUGGCCUCGAUCAUGUCAUUCUGGUCAAGGUUGCCUCGUCGGCCAUGGUGUCCUGGCUCAUGGGUCUCUCCAGCGAUCAAGCCCGCGCUGUAGUCUCGCAUGCCUGGGCGGAUGGUCAUCCGCUGCGGGUCUAUCGACAAGCGCCAAACGCGGGACCCCGGAAAGGAUGGGCCGCCGGGGAUGCCUGCAUGCGUGCUGUACAUCUGGCCAACCUGGUUCGAUGUGGCCAGCCUGGUAUCCGCUCUGCGAUCACCACCCCGCGUUGGGGAUUUUAUGAUGUUUUGUAUCGUGGCCAGACCUUUGAGCUACCCCGUCCAUUCACCAGCUGGGUUAUGGAGACGGUCCUCUUCAAAGUCUCCACGGCUGAGGGACACGGGUUGACCGCUGUGGAAGCAGCGUUGACCAUCGCGCAAAAGAUAGCCCAGCGUGGGCUUCGGCCGGAAAACGACAUUGUUAGCAUUCGAGCUCGAACCCAAGAGGCCGGAAUGAUCAUCAUCAAUAAGAAAGGGCCACUGCACAACGCCGCAGAUCGCGACCACUGCCUCCGGUAUAUGGUUGCCGUGGUCCUGCUCAAGGGCAGUCAAAUCACGACCGCCGACUACCAGGACAGCAGUCCCUGGGCCCGUGAUCCUCGCGUAGAAUCACUCCGCUCUAUCACCACCAUGGAAGAAGACCCGUCAUUCACCCACGAUUACCAUGAUCCUCAGUGCCGCAGCGUGGCCAACGCAUUGGAGGUGACAUUGCGGGAUGGCACCAAGUUGGAAGAAAUGGUUCCGUUCCCCCUGGGCCAUGUGCGUCGACCCGAGACUCUACAGCUGGUCCGGGAGAAGGCCCAGCAGAAUUUGAGCUUAAAGCUUUCCUCAGACAGGGUGGAGCAGAUUCUGGACACGGUAAAUUCGUCGAAGUUGGAGAAGAUGGCCGCUAGUGAUUUUGUAGACCUAUUCGUCCCACAGCCUGUAUCGAGCGCUGCAUGA